UUAAGUCUUGUACAAAACGAGGUAAGGAUGAAGAUCAUGAUUUCCCAACCUUCAGUGACCUUGUUGAUCUUUUAUUUGCUCUUCAUCACCUUGUCUAAUGCUAAUGUGCAAGACUUCUGCGUGGCAGACUACAAGGCUCCUGAAAGCCCAGCAGGCUAUUCUUGCAAGGAGCUUGGAAAGGUUACAGUAGAUGAUUUUGUGUUUUCAGGUCUAGGCGUUGCAGCCAAUAUCUCCAAUCCCUUCAAGGUGGGUAUUACCCCUGCAUUUUCGUCUCAAGUUCCAGGGCUCAAUGGGCUUGGAAUUUCACUAGCUCGUGCAGAUUUGGCCCCUGGUGGUGUUGUCCCUUUGCAUUCCCACCGAGGGGCUUCGGAGGUCUUACUUGUUGCUGAAGGAACAGUCACUGCUGGGUUCGUUUCCUCAAAUAAUAAUAUUUACAUAACAACUCUUAACAAGGGAGAUUUUAUUGUUCUCCCUCAAGGGCUAUUGCAUUUCAGUGUGAAUUCGGGUCACUCUAAAGCCCUUGUGUUUGCUAGCUUUAGCAGUGAAAACCCAGGUGUUCAGAUUCUGGACAACUCUUUGUUUGGAAACAAUUUCCCUACUGAAUUAAUUUCUGCCACUACUUUUCUUGACCCUGCCGAGAUUAAAAAACUCAAGGGUCUUUUUGGUGGUUCUGGUUGAUUAGGCCCCUCCUCAUACAAAUCACAACAAUAAGGUUUGCCUCCAGAUCUAAAAAAUUGUUUCUAUUUCUUGUCCAUUUGCACAAUUAAUUAUUGUUGUCUUAGUUCCUUUUAAACAUUUGGGAUUCUUCCGGUCAACGCUCUUGCAACAUUAAUGUGUAAGCCAGAAACGUUGUCGUUUUUCCUCUGAUAUGGAAGUCAAGUGGCCUGUUUUAGUUUAAGUUGUAACUACGUAUAAUAUUAUGCAUUUCUUGUAU